UAGCUACUAUCAAUCUGAUGUAACUAAGGUAUCAGUGUAACUGUAACUCAGUUCUUCUCACCUGUCAUUUAUCUCUGUGUGAUUCUGUUUGUGUUACCUUUUAACUGCAUAGGUUUUAACUGAAUUCUUUAACUGUGGGUGGAUUUAUAUUUGUAAUUUAGAAAAGAAUUUUGUUUCUCUCUGGAAUGUUAAAAAUGUGCUGAUCAGUUAAGGUGAUGAUUUUUCUUUCCAAAGAUGGACAUGUAAGUUGUUUCAGCUAUGUUGAGAGUAUAUUUUUAUCUUCAUUGCAAUCUUCCAUUCUGAAUGUGAACUUUGUCACUGUAAUCCAGGUAUUUAUUACCUCUAAUCUGAUCAUUACAAUGUGUUCCACCUGUGGGCUACCCUUUGAAUCAGUGGCAUUGGAACAGUUUUUAAAGUGGGGGUGCCGAAAUCCAGAAUAAAACUCCAAGCCCUGUGUAUGAUGGAAACCACUUGAAGCCAGGGUGUGCUGCUGCACCCCUAGUUCCAGCACCCCUGCUUUGAAUCUACUCAGAGGUUGCAACUGUCUCAAAAUACAACAGCACGAUUGCUGAAGAGUCUCCUGCUCAAGAUUUGGUGAUGCCUGCAGUCCUAAAGAAGAAUAUAAAUGCAAAAGAGGUGAACCAUUUCCUGGACUGGCUACAACAUACUGGUAUUUGUACAAAGUGUUUAGAAACUUGUCAACUUGCCAAACUGGUUUUUGCUGCACAUCUGACAGGAUGAACAAGCAAAAGAGAGGCUUUUUGUUGUAUUGGAACAAUAGUGACUGCUGCCUGGUUUAAAGUAAACUUAAGACUGCAUGAAUUUGCCUGACGAAAUGAAAGAAGUGACAUUCUGGUCACCCAAAGAGGUGGCAAAUUGGCUGAUGGAGAAUGCUGUUCCAGAAUACUGUGAACCGCUGGAAUUUUACACUGGGCAGGAUUUGAUCAAUCUAACUAAGGAGGAUUUUAAGAAGCCACCUUUGUCACGUGUGUCUUCUGACAAUGGACAGAGGUUGUUGUACAUGAUAGAAACUUUAAAAGUGGAGCACCACAUUGAGGCGCACAAAAAUGGGCAUGCCAAUGGUCACCUCAGCAUCAGUACAGCUGUCACCACAAGUGAAAAUGAUUUCAGCACUAAAAUCAAACUGAAUGGGAUGCCAAAUGGAUAUAGGAAGGAGAUGAUAAAGAUCCCCAUGCCAGAGCCAGAGCGUUCCCAGUAUCCUAUGGAGUGGGGGAAGACUCUUCUGGCUUUUCUUUAUGCACUUCUCUGUUUCAUCUUUACCACAGUGACGAUCUCAGUCGUCCAUGAACGAGUGCCUCCCAAGGAGGUGCAGCCUCCCCUACCAGAUGCAUUUUUUGAUCGUUUUAACCGUGUACAAUGGGCCUUUUCUAUUUGUGAAAUUAAUGGCAUGAUUCUUGUAGGACUCUGGUUAAUUCAGUGGCUGCUCUUAAAAUACAAGUCUAUUAUUAGCAGAAGAUUUUUCUGUAUAGUUGGCACACUAUACCUAUAUCGGUGUAUUACGAUGUAUGUAACUACACUGCCAGUACCCGGUAUGCAUUUCAACUGCUCUCCAAAGCUCUUUGGAGAUUGGGAAUCUCACCUGAGGAGGAUAAUGAAAUUGCUUGCUGGAGGGGGGUUAUCUAUCACAGGAUCCCACAACAUGUGUGGUGACUAUCUCUACAGCGGCCACACAGUCAUGUUAACACUUACAUAUUUAUUUAUCAAAGAGUAUUCACCUCGGCGACUUUGGUGGUACCAUUGGAUUUGUUGGGCUCUUAGCAUAGUUGGGAUGUUCUGUAUUCUCUUGGCGCAUGACCACUACACUGUGGAUGUGGUGGUGGCUUACUACAUCACUACAAGACUUUUUUGGUGGUAUCACACAAUGGCCAAUCAGCAAGUGCUAAAAGAAGCUUCCCAAACUAACCUCCUUGCACGGGUGUGGUGGUACAGGCCCUUCCAGUACUUUGAAAAGAAUGUUCAAGGAAUUGUACCUCGCUCUUACCAUUGGCCCUUCCCCUGGCCGAUGCUGCAUCUCGGUAGACAAGCUAAAUACAGAAAAUUGGUGAAUGACACAUAACAGCUGUUAAAAGUAGGGGGAAAGGAACUGUCCAAAGUGCUCAGAACUCCAUGAGAGAAGAUGCCAUAAAAAAGUGAACUCCUCCGUAAUCUUUUAACCAUUUCCUUGACUUAACCAAUUCAGUUACCUGGAAAGCACUGUGAUCUUUUUUUCUCUCCAAAGGAUCUGCGUUGGACAACAAUAAAGAAAAUUUAACUUAUCAUGCACUGUAUACAUUUCUUGUUAAUAGAUUUGGGAUUUACAUUACCCAUCACCAUGUUCCAUUGUAUAUGAUGCGACAGCAUAAAUGAAAACUUUUAUAUCAUAUGUUCCGGUCUUUCCAGUCACAUCUGGGAAUAAAACGUAUUAUUUUCUUGGGAAAACAUACUUUUCAUAUCUCUUGCCCCAAAGAUUGGGCUGUAAGCCAUUUUCUAGCAAAUGUCUAUAUGAAGGUUUCUAAAUACCUGACGGGGGAAAAAUUAAAACUCUUUCUACCUGUUACACCAAUAUUACAAAUAAAAUGAUAAGAGACAGAAAGGUUUAGUAACUUUUGAUUUUGUAAAAUCUGCAGUGACAGUGUCAAAACGUGCAAAAAAAAUAGUAUUCUGUUGUAAAGUGAUUUUCUAAGUAUUUCCUAACUUUAUUUUUCAAAAUAUGUAUGAAAAUGAAAUUUAAAAAGAUUUUUACAUGUCAGAGAAAAGAGAGUUAAAAUAAAAAAUGCUUCUUGGAAGAGAGAGAUUUGUCUAUGUUUCUAGUGCCUUUCUUGUCUUGAUUGUGUGGUCAGUAGGCAGUCUUAGAUGUUCUUAUUUAAAAUAAAAUAUUCCAUGAAAACACAAAUAUAUGUACUGUAUACAUUAAUAAAUUUUACAUUUAUAACUAAAUUAAACUGGAAAUUUACUUAGUGUUGAAAUUGCUAUUAGUAGGGAAAAAACAAAUCAAAGGCUCAGAUCUUGUUCACACAUUGUGGGCAGAUCAUAGUAAAAUGCAAGAUUUAAAUUGAUUUUAUUAUCUAUUCCGUAACUGGAUUUUAACUGUCAAGACAACAGCCAUGGAUUCACUUUUUCAGGAGUUUUACAGAUGAUAACUGACUUCAAAUUGAAUAGUUUCUCCAUCCUUUAAUGAAAAUGUUGUUGAAAAACAACAAAAAUAAUCUAUUUCUUUAAAAUAUAUUUGUGCAGAAGCUGCAUGUACCUCUAAGUUUCACUCCUACCAUACAUACUGUAUGUUUGGGGAAGUAUUCUAUGAUAUCCUUGCCAAUGUGCAGAACAAAAUAGAUUUUUAAGAAUGAAGAAGAUAUCCAUUCUGUAUUUUAUGUGAAGCAGAGUUAUCUUCUAUAGGGUUAUUGUGUAUUCACAAGGUGAUAUUUGUAUUGUAAAACAAUAAUGGUGAAGGAAAAUAAAGAGACUUUUAAAAAAUGUA